AUGAAAGUUAUGUUUGAUUCUGGUGCAACAACAUCUUUUAUUAGUAAAGCAGCAUUAAAACAAACAACACAUUUACCGAUUAGGUUCACUCAACAACAUUAUUUAAUGGCAGAUGGUUAUACAACCUUUGACGUAAUUGGUACUGUAAAAAUUUUUAUUGAAUUCAAUCAAAUGAAAACAAGUAUCGUGGUAAGAGUUGUUAAUUCUUUAAGUGCUGAUUGCAUUUUAGGAAUGGAUUAUAUUAAUAAAUACAAGGUUAAUCUUAAUAAUAAAGACAAACAAAUUCAAAUUCAUACAUUUAACAAUAAGAUCACGAUUCCAAUGGAGGAUCAAGCUGGCAGUAUUAGAAUGUCAUGUCGAUUAAUUAAUCCAACAUGUAUUUAUCCAUAUCAAGAAAAACGAAUUAAAAUUUCUACACAAAUGUCGUCUGGACAACUGCUAUUUUCUCCUGCUUAUCAUCUUAUUUAUAAAAAAGGUUUAAUUAGUCCAUAUUCAUCAAUUUCAGUUAUGAAUCAUGUGGCGUGGAUUUCAAUUUAUAAUCCAACUUCUAAAGUAUGUUAUUUAAAACGAAAUAUUAUUGUCGGUGUUGCUGUUAGUCCUCACAUUACUAGUGCAGUUAUAAAUACAACUCAAGCAAAAGAAAAAACUAAUCCACAUAAAUUAGUUGAUAUUAAUCCUACUUCUGCUACAACAUCAUCAACAGAUGAUCAACCACAGAAAGUGGUUGGUCAUGCGUUUAAUGUUUUCACUAUUAGUAAAGCUCAAAAAGGUGAUAAAUUAUAUCAAGAAAAAGUUCUGGAACUCAAAAGGGGUCAAACUAAUUGUUCUUAUAUACUUAAUGAUGGAAUUUUAUACAAAUUAUUUAAACAUAAUACAUUUAUACAAAAAUUGAUUUAUAUACCCUCUACAAUUUUGCCCGAAUUAUUAAAGGCUUAUCAUGUUGUACCAUGGGCUGAUCAUUCUGGUUUUCGUAGAACUUAUUUUAAAUUAAAACAUAAAUACUGGUGCCCAGAUAUGAAAACAACUAUUAAGAAUUAUAUUCAAUCUUGUUCAAAAUGUCAGGAUUUUAAUGCUAGUCGUCAUCAAACUGAUUUACCAUCAGAAAAGCCUAAGGCUAUUUAUACAUUUGACAAGUCAAACGAUUAUUUUCCAUAUUUUACAAGAACCUUAUCUAAUUGGUAUCAAAAUUCACAAACUAAUAUAGAUCAAAGGCAAACUUAUAAUCGAAUAAUUGAUCGCAAUCGUGUUAAUAUGUAUUGCAAUGUUGGUACUCAAGAAUUAAAACGACUUUCCCAUUCUUCUUCAAAACCAUCUCCUAUUUAUUCACGUUCAAUGAGAAUUAUUAAACAACAAAUUCCAACACAAUAG